CACGGGCAGUGCCGCCGGGGGAAACGCCGCCGUCCCCAGCGGGUCACGGUGCCCCGUGUCCCGCGGGGAGACCUGCCCAAGUCUGUUCAGAUAGGGACCGGGAAGCGGCUGGCUGCCAGCUCCGGGGGCUCAGCGGGGCCUUGGGAGGAACCGGCGCUAUCGGAUAAUACGAAACCCCAGGACUCUUUUAUUUGGGAAACCUGUAUUUGAUGACUGUGAACUUGAUGAGUGGUGAACUUGGCGUUGCUAAAUGUGACAGAGAGAGCAACAGCGUUUUGGAGGGAAGACAGAAAGGCUGAUUUUCCAGCCAGCCAUGGAGAUGUUGCGGCCGCGGGCGUGAAUGGAAGGACAUGGGGCUGGGUCAGCGCCGCGGCUCAGAGCAAGCGCCAGCCUUGAUCUCAGCAAUGCUUAUCAAUAUCUAAAGGGCAGGUGUCAAGAGGAUGGGGCCAGACUCUUCUUAGUGGUGCCCAGUGAGAAGACAAGGGGCAACAGACGCAAGCUAGAACACAGGAAAUUCCAACUUAACAUGAGGAAAAACUUUGAGGGCGGGAGAGCACUGGAACAGGCUGUCCAGAGAGGUGGCGGAGUCUCCUCUGCAGAUACUCAAAACCUGUCUGGACGCGUCCCUGUGCAACCUGCUGCAGAUGCUUCACAGAUGAGCUGAAGUGGAACCAUAUGGAAAUUGUUUUAAUUUUUUGUAAUGAAAGCUCUGUUUUAAGAUGUGUGGAACCCCUCUGAACACAAUAAUAUUUGGCUUCAGGACAAAGUUAACUGUAAAGAAGAACAGAAAAUGGAAAGAAAACUGAGAGACUUCCAGAUCAACAGGCAGAGCAGAAAGAUACAUGCAGUGGGUUUGCAAUGUGGCUGCUGGUCGUCACUGGACUGCAAGUACAGAUUCUGACCCUCCGUCCCACUGCCUCUCGGAGGCAGUAGAAAAUGUCUUUUCGUGGACGAGGAGGUGGAGGAGGAAGAGGAGGUGGCUUCAAUCGUGGAGGAGGUGGCGGCGGCGACAGAGGUGGCUUUAAUCGUGGUGGACGAGGUGGCUUUGGACGGGGAGGUGGACGAGGAGGCUUCAACAGAGGCGGAUAUGACCAGGGGCCUCCAGAAAGGGUAGUUUUAUUGGGAGAGUUCAUGCAUCCGUGUGAAGAUGACAUUGUUUGUAAAUGUAAAACAGAAGAAAACAAGGUGCCUUAUUUCAAUGCCCCAGUGUACUUGGAUAAUAAGGAACAGAUUGGCAAAGUCGAUGAAAUCUUUGGACAGCUAAGAGAUUUUUAUUUUUCAGUGAAACUGUCUGAGAACAUGAAAGCCUCUUCAUUUAAAAAAAUGCAAAAGUUUUACAUUGAUCCAGCAAAGCUGCUACCCCUUCAGAGAUUUUUGCCAAGGCCUCCUGGAGAAAAAGGUGCUCCCAGAGGAGGUGGUAGAGGAGGACGUGGUGGUGGACGUGGAGGAGGAAGAGGCGGUGGUAGAGGAGGAUUCAGAGGAGGAAGAGGUGGAGGAGGAGGAUUCAGAGGAGGAAGAGGUGGAGGAGGAGGAGGAUUCAGAGGAGGAAGAGGUGGCGGAGGAGGCUUUCGAGGAAAAGGGUAUUAAAAAUGGAGCCAUGAGUAUCUCCCUGCUGUCUUACUGUGUCAUCUGCAGAAGUGAAGAGCAAGGAAAAAUUUUUGUAAAGGAUCCUGAAAAAGUUCUUUUUAUAAAGAGCUUGAAGCUGUAAAAU